AUGUCUUAUGGGUCUUCAAAAGAGCAGCAGCAAAAUCAGCAGCAAAAAGAAAUCGAAAAAGCGUUGGAAAAGAUGCGCUUAGCGAACAAGAAAGAAGGAGGCGAAUCGGUGGACAAGCAAGAGAUCGUGAAAGCUUUAUCGCAACUCCACGGCGACGGAGGUCUGAUCGGCGCGUUGCAAGCGAAACUGGACGGUUUGGUUGGUUUAUCGAGCGGGUACGUGGAGGAAUUGCACCCGAAAAUUCGUGCGAGAUUAUUCUCUUUGCAAGUCUUACAAACCGAACGAGACGAGUUGUUCGAGAAGUAUUCCGAGGAGCGAAGGCAAUUGGAAGAGAAAUACGAGAAGUUAUACGCGCCGUUAUAUAACUCGAGGAAAGAAAUCGUCACGGGUGAGAAAGAGUACUCGGAUUGCGACGAGGAUUUGAAGAAGGAAAUCGAGGCGUUGCCGAAGGACGACGCGAGUCCGAGCGGCGUGCCGGAUUUUUGGUUAGUCGCGAUGAAGAACAUCGAAGAUUUGGCCGAGGAGAUUUCGGAGAGAGACGAGGCGUGUUUGAGCGCUUUGGUGGACGUGCAAACGGGGAAAUUGGAAGGCGAAGACGAAGAUGGCGACGAAAUGGUUGGGUUUUAUUUGCGAUUUUACUUCAAAGAGAAUGCGUUUUUUACCAACCAAACGAUCGAGAAGCGAUACCACAUGGAAGACGACAGCGAAGACGCGGUGUUGAAUUACAUCGUGUGCGACGACAUCGAUUGGAAACCAGGGAAGAACUUGACCGUAAAAGUGUUGAGGAAGAAACCGAAACCUGGGGCGAAGAACCAGAAACCAAUCACGAAAACGGAACCGUGCGAAUCCUUCUUUACGUUUUUUUACCCGCCGGAAGUCCCGGACGAGGACGAACAAGAAAACAUGACCGAAGAAGAGGUCGAGGAUUUGCAAGAGCAAAUGGAGAACGAUUACGCGAUCGGGAGUUUGAUCGCCACCGCGUUGGUUCCAAACGCGGUGGAUCAUUUCUUAGGUUUGCACUUGGAAGACGACGAAGACGAGGACGAGGAAGAAGGCGAGGAAGACGCCGAGUACGGCGAAUCCAUCGACGGUGACUCCGACGACGAAGAAGACGACGACGACGACGAAGACGACGACGACGACGAAGACGAAGACGAAAACGGGGAGAAGAUCAAAGGAUUGGACCCGAAAGCGAAGGAGGAGUGCAAGCAACAGUAA